UCUCUCUCUCUCUCUCUCUCUGAGUUCUCUGGGUCGAAAGGUUUCGGUCCGGCGCUCGUGAAAUCGUUCUUAUUGCUGAAUUGCCGUCGGGAAUGCUCGAUCCGUUGCGUUUUGUGGCGUUGGAGAUGGAGAUCUGGGGCAUCUAGGGUUUAAGAUGAGGUCUCUGUUAGCGUGGAGCUCGGCCUAACGUCUUUGGAGCUCGUGGUUUGGAUUUUAGUAGGGAGAGGUGGGUUUCGUGGUCAGAAGCUUGGUUUUGGAGCUCCUGGUGGAGGUUUGGAGAAGCUAAGUUUCGGAGUCCAGUGGCUUGCGGAGGGUGAAGAUCUUAGUAGUGUUUCUUUUGGGGUAAAGGUAUCGUUUUGAGCUGUUAGGGGAGUUUCUGAGGUGAGAUCUGGAGUGUUUGAUGUUUCUUUGGUGCUUCUGGUUAAAUGCAUGGGUUUCCCUUAGAGCUUGGGUGGUGCAGACUGGGAUUUUUUGAGGUUGUGAAGGGCUGAACUGGUUGAAAGCUUGAUUUUGCUGAGGGAUUGGAGCUUUGAAGAGAGAUUUCUUCGCCGGCUUGGGUUUCUGUCGUGAUUUGCUUGCUUGGAUAACUUGGCUGAGGUAUUUGGCUCUACUUCUUCAGUACGUUUUUCUUUUUCUUUUUUGUUUUUUUCGAGAUUUCGACCGAGUAAUUCUGAGGUUCUUUGGUUGGAGGUUAGUGCGAAGGAUUUGGUUGGAGUUUUUUGUUCGGAGGCUUUGGAAACCCCAUCUGGUCCACAAUACUGGGGCGAGUCCAUCUGGUUCUGUUUCCAAGAUGAAGACGACGGAUUGGAAACUUUAGGGCUUCAAAGUUGAAGGCUUGGACCUGAUGAGAGUGGAAGCGAGCGUUUCUUGCAGUGGGCCUGGCUUCGGAUGAAGAGCUUGGCGAGUUUCCAAGGGGUUUGUGUCAUCAAAUGGAGGUUUUGAUGCCAUCUGUUGGGUUCUCUCAUAUUUUGUGUGGUCAUUAGCUGGGUGGAAAGGCAAAAGCGUUCCCAUAGGGAGAGAAGAAAUCAAAGUUUUCAAUAUACUUGCCUUCUAAGGGGAAAUUUUAUGGAGUUAUGACAGCGGCUAAUCAAGCCAAAGCAAACAAAUAUGAUUCAUCAUUACAUGGGGUGUCUUCCCUUGAAGAUUUCAUUUGUUUGUUGAAGAUAGGGGGUGGUCGUGGUGCUUUGGAGUGGUUUAUUUUAGGGUAAAACUAUUCAUAGUUUCAGGAUGAGGCUCUCAACAUCGGGACUUCCUCAGCAGACACAGGAAGGGGAGCAAAAGUGUCUGAAUUCGGAACUAUGGCAUGCAUGUGCUGGACCGCUUGUGUCUUUACCUGCUGUUGGAAGUCGUGUAGUGUACUUUCCUCAGGGCCACAGUGAGCAGGUGGCUGCAUCUACCAACAAGGAAAUUGAUGCUCACAUCCCAAAUUAUCCAAACCUACCACCGCAGUUGAUCUGUCAGCUUCACAAUGUAACUAUGCAUGCGGAUGCAGAGACAGAUGAAGUUUAUGCCCAAAUGACAUUGCAACCCUUGAGCCCGGAAGAACAAAAAGAUCUUUAUCUUCCUGCUGAACUGGGUACCCUGAGCAAGCAGCCAACCAACUAUUUCUGUAAGACACUGACUGCAAGUGACACCAGUACGCAUGGCGGAUUCUCUGUUCCUCGCCGGGCAGCUGAAAAAGUCUUCCCUCCACUGGAUUAUUCCCAGCAGCCUCCUGUGCAGGAGUUGAUUGCAAGGGACCUUCAUGAUAAUGAGUGGAAAUUUCGUCACAUUUUUCGUGGUCAGCCAAAGAGGCAUCUUCUAACAACAGGAUGGAGUGUUUUUGUAAGUGCAAAACGAUUGGUUGCAGGUGAUUCGGUCAUUUUUAUCUGGAAUGAAAAUAAUCAGUUGCUUCUGGGUAUUCGACGUGCUAAUCGGCCGCAAACAGUUAUGCCUUCAUCAGUAUUAUCAUGUGAUAGCAUGCAUAUUGGACUUCUUGCUGCUGCAGCCCAUGCUGCUGCUACAAAUAGCCGCUUUACUAUAUUUUAUAAUCCGAGGGCAAGUCCUUCUGAAUUUGUCAUACCGUUAGCUAAGUAUGUUAAAGCAGUUUACCACACCCGUGUUUCAGUGGGUAUGCGUUUUAGAAUGCUUUUUGAGACAGAAGAGUCUAGUGUUCGCCGUUACAUGGGCACGAUCACGGGGAUUAGUGAUCUGGAUCCUGUGCGCUGGCCAAACUCACAUUGGCGUUCUGUAAAGGUUGGUUGGGAUGAGUCGACUGCUGGGGAAAGGCAGCCAAGGGUUUCCCUUUGGGAGAUCGAGCCUCUGACGACAUUUCCAAUGUAUCCAUCUGCCUUCCCUCUUAGACUUAAACGUCCAUGGCCAUCAGGACUGCCCUCUUUGCAUGCAGGUGGCAAGGAUGAUGAAAUUGGUCUAAAUCCUUCACCUAUGUGGCUUCGGGAUGGAGACCAUGGGUUGCCAUCUUUGAGUUUUCAGGGACUUGGAGUGACACCUUGGAUGCAGCCUAGGCUUAAUGCUUCAAUGCUUGGUCUCCAGCCUGAUUUGUACCAAGCAAUGGCAGCAGCAGCACAGCAGGAGAUGAGGACUGUGGAUCCUCCAAAACAGGCAACAUCAACAAUUCUACAAUUCCAACAACCUCAAAGCUUAACUAGCAGAUCUACUCUAUUAGCAAGUCAGAUUCUACAACAAAUGCAACCUAACUCUCAGCAAGCCCUCCUUCAGACCAUUCAAGAAAACCAGGGUCAGAACCAAGCUCAGUGUCAGUUUUCUCAACAUCAGUUGCUGCACUACAACUCAUUUGGCGAUCAGCAGCAGCAGCUGCAGCCACCACUGCUUCAACAACAGCAGCCGCAUCAAAGGUUACAACAGCAGCAGCAGCACCAACAGUUGCAACAGCAGCAGCAUCAGCAGCAGCACCAACAGUUGCAACAACAGCAGCAUCAGCAGUCACAGCAACAGCAAAUACAUCAUCAGCAGCAGCAUCAACAGUCACAACAGCACCAGCAAAUCCAGCAGACACAUUUGUGUAAUCUUCAGCAAAUCCCUAAUGUUGUUUCAAGCCUCUCACAGCUUGCCUCUACUUCUCAGUCCCCAUCUUCAUCAUUGCAAACGAUAUCUUCUUUUUGCCAACAACAAACCUUUCCAGGCACCACUAUGAACGCAGCGUCCAUCUCUGGCGUAUCCCCCUUGCAUAGUAUUUUGCGCUCAUUUUCUCCUGAAGAAACAUCGAACAUUCUUAAUUUGCCACGAACCACCUCAUUAAGCACUUCAGGCACAUGGUCAUCCAAGCGAUUAGCAGUUGAAUCCAUGCUUUCUUCUGGAACUCAGUGUGUGCAGCCCCAGGUUGAACAGUUAGACCAACAGUCAAACAUCUCUCAGCACUCUGUCACUUUACCACCAUUUCCAGGGAAAGAUUGCUUGCUUGACCAGGAAUGCAACACAGAUCCUCAAAAUCAUGUGCUUUUUGGUGUCCAUAUAGAUUCUUCGUCUCUUUUGAUGCAGAAUGGCAUAAAAAACCUCAGGAGUGUUGGUAGUGAGACUGAUUCAACAGCCAUGCCCUUUCUGACUGCUGCAGGAACAGAUUUCCCAUUGAAUCAGGCAUUAACGAGCUCAAAUUGUGCAGAAGAAUCGGGAUUGUUGCAGUCUCCUGAAAAUGGGGGUCAUGUGAACCCACAAAAUGGAACCUUUGUUAAGGUUUACAAAUCAGGGUCCUUCGGAAGGUCACUAGAUAUUACCAGAUUUAACAGCUACCCAGAGCUGCGAAGUGAGCUUGGGCGUCUGUUUGGCCUUGAAGGCCAAUUGGAGGACCCUAUGAGAUCAGGCUGGCAGCUUGUAUUCGUCGACCGGGAAAAUGAUGUUCUUCUCCUAGGCGAUGAUCCCUGGCAAGAGUUUGUGAAUAAUGUCUGGUGCAUAAAGAUUCUCUCACCCCAGGAAGUGCAGCAGAUGGGCAAAGAAGGCGGUGAACUUCUGAGCACAGCCCCAAGCAAGAGGCUCCCAGGCAGCGGCUGUGAUGGAUAUUCGAGCAGGCAAGACUCAAGAAGCAUGAGGAAUGGGAUUGCUUCUGUGAUGCCUCUGGACUACUGAAAAGAAAUAGGAGAAUAGAGAAACAUGAGAUCCCAUGAGUUCGAAGUCCAGAACUAUUGUCAUCUUGUUGUCUUGCCUUCACACAGGACUGGUUCGUCGCGUAAGUAGCUUGGUCUAUGGAUGUCUAGUAACUGUAUUAUAUGGUAAUGGCACGUGACUUUUAUAUACUUUUUGUGAAGCUAGGCAUUUUUAUUAUCUUUUACUCUGUUCUUGCAUUGCUUUAUCUCAAACUUGUUGAAACCAAUCCCCUACCAUUGUAUUUUGUGGUGAAUGAUUCUUACAUCAGGCUUCAAAA